AUGGCUCACAACAAUACACUACGACCGAUAGAGGACAUGCUGUCCCAGCUUAGGGCGACGGGCAUCCUCAGAUAUCGAUUCCAUCAGGUGCUACGCUCCUAUACAGCCCUACCGGGGAAGCAACUCCUACAAAGGGACCCCACACAGUACGAAACGCAACACCCGGCUGUGGGCGCCCUGGAUCGUACACAUGCCCGGGCGGACACCACCGGGACCUGGACGGAUGGCCGAAUGAGGAACUACGGGGCCCUGGUCGGCGGCGGCGCGAGAUCCUCCCCUCCCAUACUCUUCACUCGUCUCAUCCCCCCCCAGCUCGACGACUACCUACCGAAUGAUGAAACAA